AAGUCAUCUCAUUUGAAUACGACUUGAAGAAUCGGAAAUCGAGCGAUUUAUGAUUCCACGGAACGCUUGGCCUUAACCCUAGAAUGGACGCAGCGUUAUGUUUAAGGAUUAUACUUCUAGGGAUUUGUAUUCACCAUGUUUCUUGUGAUGGGGUCGGUGAAAAAGUGGAUAAAAAAGAAAAAUGCUCUAGUGACAAAGAAGGCUGCCCUGUGGCAGGGAAAGUCGGGAAAGAUGGAAGGAUCAAGCUGUCUUUGCCCAUUAUAAACGGAGUUGAGGUAGGGCACGAGGAGGAGGUGGAGCUUAUCCAGGGGAGAAGGCACAGAAUGAAAACACUUAGCUUAGCCCCACCUGUCUACGAAAUCCAAGAUCUAUUUUCCGAUGAGGAGUGUGACUUUGUAGUCGAAUUGGCGACCAACAAAGGUCUGCAGGACAGUCCUCUCAUGAGGGAUCCGAGGGAGGUCUCCGGCGAGACAACAAGGGACACUUUUAACGAGUGGGAUACUAAUAGCGAUGGGUUUAUUGACAUAGACGAGUUCCUUUACUUGCCUGGAAAAAGUGACCUAUACCUGACAGACGAGGAUGUUAAGAAAAUGUUUUCAACGCUAGAUAUAGAUCACGACAAUAAUGACAAAAUGAGCUUUGAGGAGUUCAGUGUGGUCACUGCCGCAGACAUUAAGAAAUACUUUGACCAGCUUCGAAAGUAUAAGUCACGACUGUUGAGCAGAAAUAGCCAACAGACAUGGUUAUGGCAUGAUGAAGAUGAGUUGAUGAAGUAUGAAGAUCUACUAGAGGACUAUCAUGACAGAUUUGCAAAACUGACAAAGCUGCCAAGAAAGAUUAUUGAACACAGUGAGCCAUUACAGGUUGUACGAUAUGAAGAACAUGGCCACUAUCACUGUCAUCAUGACUCAGAAGUUAUCAACAAGAAUAUCACAUGUUGUACAUAUGGGGCAAAGGACUGUAGACUGUGUAGGUUCUUGACAGUUCUUAUCUUCUUGAAUGACGUGGAAGCAGGCGGAGAGCUCGCUUUUCCUGUGGCGGACAACAAGACAUUUACAUGGGAGUCAUGGACAAAGGAAUCGAAAAAGAAGUGUAACUUGGCAAAACACUGCUCUGACUCGAACCUUGUGAUAACCCCGAAGAAGGGCAAGGCCAUCAUGUUCUACAAUCAUCUAGUGGACCCCAAGUCGAGGUGGAUGAGCGCCCUGGACCCGAGGUCCUUUCAUGGCGGAUGUGACGUCAAGAAGGGCACAAAAUGGGUUGCUAACGUGUGGAUAAAUGUUAUCGGCGAUGGUAUGAACGAGCUAAAGUCAUGGAAAAUGAAUAGUAAUUGGUUAUCAAAAAAUAAUAUUAACCAAGAAGUGGUAUCCGCACUACAAACGACUGAAAAUAUUGAUACUGAUUUAGAGGAAGCAGAGAAUAGAUACACUGAAGAGAAAAAUGUGAAAAAUGAGGAAGCGCAAGAAGAGGAUCGGACUCUAAACUCACCACCUGAACGGAUUGGGGAGGAAGUGCAUGUAGAAGAAAUGAACGAUGAAUUUGUUACCCAAUCUGAGGGUACUGAAGGGCCCCCACCCCUCCCCACAGAGGGCGAGCAAAUAAAAGGUCCCCAGGGACCCAAGGUAAAACUGUCUGUUACCCCGGCUCCGCUACCGCUGCCUCUGGAACAGUUGACACCAAAAGAACCGAAGGGACCUAAAGUGACUACCCCUCCAAAACCCAAGGAGGAAUCGGGAGAUCGAAUUCUCAGAUCAGUGAUGUUAUUAAUUGAUGAACUUGACCAGGUUGAGCUAGAGAUUGUGGCUAGAAAUUUACAUACGCGACUAAAACUGGUCUGCGUACCACUAAUAAUGAACCCCAUGGGAUCUAUAUAGACUUGCACGAUACAUCAGUGUAUAUAAUACUAUACAAAUAUUUAUAGACUGGCUACAGGCUAUUUGCUAGAUUGACAACUGUAAUAAUAAGAUCAUUAGCGUAGAAUUGAACGUUCUUUGUAUAAAUUUUGUCUAAAGAUUUUUACUUCUCGAAAGUUUUGUAAAAGCCAACAGUGUCGAGAAUAAAUUUUCAAGCAUGGAGCACAUCAAAUUUGCUUUGCCUUCUUUAAGCAUUGAGAACAAUUUCUAUAUUGAUCGCGAGAAUCUCAUUUCUUAAUUGGAAAAAUAAAUGGCGUUACUAGGGGGAAUUUAAAGUUUAGCAUUAUCAAUACAAUAUUGAAUACAAACGGUAGUUACGGGUAUACAAAAAAGAACGCUUUAUUAAUAAUUGAUAACUUAUUGUCAAUAAAAAUCAACCUGUCUUUUGUAAGAAAAAAAUGCUGUCUUGCUUUAAGACUAACUUCUUUUAAACCCUUAACUGCCUUUAAUAAAAAAAUCUUGAAAUA